AUGUUGAUCAAAGAGUACAGAAUUCCUCUACCUCUGACUGUAGAAGAAUAUCGUAUUGCGCAGCUUUAUAUGAUUGCAAAGAAGAGUAGAGAAGAAAGUUCUGGAGAAGGUAGUGGUGUCGAAAUUUUAGUCAAUGAGCCAUAUGAAGAUGGGCCUGGAGGUAAAGGUCAGUACACACAGAAAAUUUACCAUGUUGGUAGCCAUUUGCCAGGUUGGUUCAAAAGUCUGCUUCCAAAAUCGGCUUUGACUGUGUCUGAAGAAGCUUGGAAUGCCUACCCAUACACCAAAACCAGGUAUACUUGUCCAUUUGUUGAAAAAUUCUCUUUAGAAAUAGAAACUUAUUAUUAUGCUGAUAAUGGCCACCAAGAUAAUGUCUUCAAUUUAUCAGGAAGUGAUUUAAAAAAUAGAAUUGUUGAUGUUAUAGAUGUUGUUAAAGAUCAGCUUUAUGGUGCAGACUAUGUUAAAGAGGAAGAUCCAAAAUUAUUUGUUUCUCAAAAAUGUAUUAGAGGUCCCUUAAAUGAUACAUGGUUAGAAGAUUACUGGAGUGAAGUUCAAGGAAAACCUCAGCCUCUACCAAAUGGAAAAUCUCUUAUGUGUGCCUACAAGCUCUGUAGAGUGGAGUUUCGUUAUUGGGGGAUGCAAACCAAACUGGAGAAAUUUAUUCAUGAUGUUGCAUUGAGGAAAACUAUGCUUAGAGCUCAUAGACAAGCAUGGGCUUGGCAAGAUGAAUGGCAUGGUUUAACAAUGGAGGACAUACGUGAAAUAGAACGGCAGACACAACUUGCUUUGCAGAAGAAGAUGGCUGGUGACACUAGUGAAGAACAAGACCUCUCUGAAGAGAAUUCUAAAUCAUUGGCUGCAACUAUGAGUAGCUUAGAGAAAAAUGAAGACAUACCGACACCAGUAGCUCCUAAAAAGAAUACAGCUGAAAAAAGAAUUCAGAAACAUUUAUCUCCUGAAGGAACUCCACCAUCUGACCAUAAAAGUUUGUCUAAAUCUAACCUAAGAUCCUCUUCAUCUGGUUCUAUUAAAAGUUUACAACAGCAAGUGGCUAACUGGCGCAUGGAAACAAUAGUUAGAGAAUCAGAAACGGAGACAGGAUCUGAAGAUGAGUUUUACGACUGCGAAUCUUCUUUUAAUAAAUGGUCAUCAAUGUGCUCUUUAGACGAAGCUGAUAUUGAUAUAUCUCCAACCCAAGGCGAUCAAGGUCAAGAUGACAGCAUAUUUAAUCCAAGUUUUUUGAAAAGAGUCACAUCAGAAAGAGGUUCUCGUAGAAUGGUUGCUUUACAAAGCCACCAAAGUAUUGACGGUUGUCCAGAAACGCCAGUUCAUGGUUCCUGUCCGACUACCGUUUUAAUACUUGUAUUUCAUGCCGGAAGUGUUUUAGAUGCUAAUGUUGAUAUGACAGCAAAGAAAUCUGAUGUCACUACUUUUAAGGGUGCUUUUGAAUCGGUGAUGCGUCAACACUAUCCAACUUUAGUCGGACAUAUAACUAUAAAAUUAGUAUCGUGUCCGUCUAUUUGCACGGAUGCUCUCGGUAUUCUCUCUACAUUAAGUCCCUAUAGUUUUGAUUGCUCGCCAUCGACCAUUGAAACUCCUUCUCUCACGAACGAUCUUAUACCUAUUGGGGCUAUACCUUUGAUUGCAACAUCAUCUCCCGAGUACACAGACUCAGUAACAAAAACAAUUAACUGCGCUAAUUUUGUUUUUAAUGAGUUUAUAAAAUCAGAAGACGGAAAAGGUUUCAAUGGUCAAGUAUGCAUUGUUGGUGACAGUAUGGGUUCAGUUUUAGCAUAUGAUGCGCUAUGCCGCACUUUACAAUAUCAAUCACGACAUGAUAGUGAAAACAGUAUUUUGGAUACUGAAAUCUUGAUACCUAAUGAUCCAUCUGAGAAUUAUUUAAAUAAAUCGCAUUUACAAGCUCCAACACCUAGGAGACGAUCUUCUUCCACAAGUGACAAUCAGGUGAAGUUCGAAUUUGAAGUAUGUGACUUCUUUACAUUUGGAAGUCCGCUUUCAUUGAUAUUGGCUUCCCGGAAAAUAUCAGAUGAUAAAAGCCGUGAUAUAAUUAAACCACCUGUCCAACAAGUAUAUAAUUUAUUUCACCCCACUGAUCCAGUAGCUUCGAGACUAGAACCUUUGCUAUCAGCUAGGUUUACUAAUUUACCUCCAAUCAAUGUUGCACGAUACGCUAAAUACCCUCUAGGUAAUGGUCAACCAUAUCAUUUAAUGGAGUUGAUUCAAAGUCAUCCACAACUAUUCGGGGAUCAAUUACAAAUGCCACCAACUCCCGUAUUGCGAAGAUUAUCUGAAGCAUCAGUCCAGAGUACAGUUAGCGGUCUUGUUGAUAAUAUUCCUUUGAUUACUAUGAAUGCAUUGCAGCAGAAAUGGUGGGGAUCCAAACGAUUAGACUACGCUUUAUAUUGCCCCGAGGGAUUAACAAAUUUUCCUACCAAUGCCUUACCACACUUAUUUCAUGCUAGUUACUGGGAGAGUUCGGACGUAAUUGCAUUUAUAUUGCGCCAAGUUGGUCAUUUUGAUUUAGCCUUGUAUAGUCAUGGUGAAGAUAAAGAAUGUACCUUAUUCAAACCAGAUCAAGAAAGGGAAAAAUGGAUGAGAAAAAGAACAUCGGUUAAGUUAAAAAAUGUGGCUGCUAAUCAUAGAGCGAACGAUGUUAUUGUAAAAGAAGGAAAUCCUCAAACAUUCACUGCUAGGUUUAUGUAUGGACCCCUAGAUAUGAUAAAUUUGACAGGAGAAAAAGUAGACAUUUACAUGAUGAAAGAUCCUCCAGCAGGUGAAUGGUUAAUUUUAUCUACCGUAGUUACAGACAAAACGGGUAGAAUCUCAUACACACUAUCAGAAAAACAUAGUGUAGGCUGUGGCAUUUACCCAAUGAGAGUUGUUGUCCGAGGUGAUCAUACAAGCUGCAACUUCCAUUUGGCUGUUGUGCCACCGCAAACGGAGUGCAUUGUCUUUAGUAUUGAUGGUUCUUUUACUGCAAGUGUAUCAGUGACUGGGAGAGAUCCAAAAGUGAGAGCUGGAGCAGUCGACGUAGUCCGUUUUUGGCAAGACUUAGGUUAUCUAAUUCUUUAUAUCACUGGACGCCCUGAUAUGCAACAAAGAAAAGUAGUAUCCUGGUUGGCAGAACACAAUUUUCCUCAUGGAUUAGUGUUUUUUUCUGAUGGGUUUUCAACAGACCCAUUGGGUCAUAAAGCAGCACAUCUGAACAGCCUUAUAAAUGAACACGGAGUUAUUUUACAUGCUGCUUAUGGAUCAGGAAAAGAUAUAACUGUUUAUAAUAAUUGCGGAUUAUCCCCAAAACAGAUUUACGCCAUCGGUCGAAUUAGUAAAAAAUAUAGUAAUUUAGCAACCACAUUAACCGAUGGCUACGCAUCCCACUUGGCUGAUUUAAAACAGCCUGGUGCCGUAAGGCCUGCAAGAGGAAAUGCCAGGCUUCUUGUGCCACGUCGUCUGUUGGCAUCUGUGAGUAACCCUUCCACUUCGCGCAAUCGUCGUUAA